GCUGUAAACAAUUCGGCAGCAAACAUUUCUUUGUGCCGCGAGUUCUUGUGAUUCCGUGAAUUUCUCCCCUAAUUUCGCUUGUUUUUAUGAUUUUUUUCCUAUGCCAUUGGACGUAAAACACAAUCUAACACACCCGAUACAUGAAAAGCAACGCUAGCGACCACAUCUUGUUGGUAUAAUUUGUGUGCGAGUCGUUUUCCGGAGAGCUAGAACAAGAACCGGCACGAUGGAUACGCUCAUAGCGAACGUCGAUAGCUGGACAUUCAAGAUAGAGAAGGAUCUGAACGAACAAUAUGGAGCGCUUGCACUUCCCUUCCCGGGGAUGGACAAAUCGACCGCCGCCGUCUGCCUGUUUUUCAACGCAUCGGAUGGGACGGAAUGUAAAAAGGGAAAUUCGUGCCCGUUCCGACACAUCCGCGGCGAUAGGACGAUCGUGUGCAAACAUUGGCUGCGUGGGCUGUGCAAAAAGGGCGACCAGUGUGAGUUUCUGCACGAGUACGACAUGACCAAGAUGCCGGAAUGUUACUUCUACUCCCGCUUCAACGCCUGCCACAAUAAGGAGUGCCCCUUCCUGCACAUUGAUCCGGAGAGCAAAAUCAAAGAUUGCCCGUGGUACGAUCGAGGUUUCUGUCGACAUGGUCCCAAUUGCCGGCAUCGGCACGUGCGGCGCGUACUGUGCAACAACUAUCUGGCCGGGUUCUGUCCCGAUGGACCCGAGUGCAAGUAUAUGCAUCCACGGUUCGAGCUACCGCCACCGCCGGAAAUUAAGGAUCAAACACCGAAACGUCCGACGACCUGCCAUUAUUGCGGAGAAGUCGGUCACAAAGCAUCGUACUGUCCGAAAAUGCCACAAGAGCAACGGGAAGCCACACAACGCAUGGAGGAUGCCAAGUAUCGUGCCCUUGGGUACUACAAACAUCGAAUACAUCAAGAUAGCGCUAACAAUUCCAAUGCUGGCGGUGGCGACGAAGGAAAUUUCGUACCACAAAAGCCUCCACCGCGGCCAAUAGAAGAAAUUACGUGUUUCAAAUGCGGCAUCAAGGGACAUUACGCCAACAAGUGCACAAAGGGCCCGCUGGCAUUUCUCUCCAACAAUGUACAAAGAAAGUAGGCUAUGGGCCGUUGUUCUCUUCCGUCCAGUUUGGCGGAUGUUUCCUUUCCUUUCUUUCUUAUCAGUAAUAAGUUGUAUAAAACCGAUCGAAAUAAAUAAAAGGUGUCGCCUGUCUUCACAAAAAAACGGAAA